AAUCUGGUAUCAAGCACAGUGAAAGGAGAUCCGCCAUUUCCGUCAUUACCGCAGUGACUUAUCAUUGCUUGGUUCACGGUGAUCGCUAGAAAUAUGUGUUGUAUAUCAAACACUAUACAUAACUUAGUUGUGGUCAUGGCUGCAAAUCUUGACGGCAGAUCCUCUUCAUCCGCUCGUAUAAAAAUUACCCAACGCAGCAUCACCUGCAGUAGUCUCAAACCCCGAGGCUAACUACAAGCCACCGAGAUUGAAGAAAAACUAUGUAGCCAAACUCAUAUAUCGGCUUCAUGUGAAAUUACUCUCUUCAGAUUUGCCCUUCUUCAUUCCUCUGCUUCGUCAUUACCUUCACAUAUCAAUAUCUUGUCAAUCAGUGCCCAGCUUCGAUGCCAUGGCGACGACAAAUGAAACGCCAAUCCAUGGGGCUUUGCAGCCCAAAAGACCCGUCAGAGUUGCCAAUUGUUCGGGUUACUUAUGUGAUCCCGCUUAUAGGAUGUACGAACAGAUUUCAUUAGGAAAUGUCGAUUUUGUUACCGGUGACUACCUUGCAGAGAUGAAUAUGGCGGAGAAUGCAGAGGCAUAUAGAGCUGGAAAUCAUCCAGGAUAUAUCUCAACUGCUUUGGAGGGAUUGUCUCAAUCUCUUGAAUUACUAGCCGAGAAAAACACCAAGGUUGUUAUUAACGGAGGAGCUUUGAAUCCCGAAGGCUUAGCAAGAAAAGUUGAUGAACUUGCCAAACAACGCGGCAUUGCUCUUAAGGUUGGCUGGGUCUCUGGAGAUGACCUGAUUUCACAGAUCGGACCGGAUAUGGCACCCUUACGUGGAAAGUUACCGAAACACUUUGAUUCAUGGAAUCAGGACCUACAAUUACCGGCCAAUACCUUCUCGUUUUUGGAAGGUAGAUCAAUUCCUAUUGUUUUAAGUAGUGCUUAUCUUGGAGCUCAUGCUAUUGUUAAGGGUUUGCGUGAAGGUGCCGAUAUUAUAAUUUGCGGGCGAGUUUCUGACGCAUCUCCUGUGAUUGCCGCUGCAUGGUAUUGGCACUCGUGGUCAGAAACUGAUUAUGACUCUCUUGCUGGAUCUUUGAUCGCCGGUCAUCUAAUAGAAUGUUCAGCCUAUGUAACUGGAGCCAAUUUUUCUGGCUUCACUGAAUAUGAUCAGGACAUUUUCGUUGAUCCAGGAUUCCCUAUUGCGGAAAUCGAAGCAGAUGGUUCUUGCACAAUCACUAAACAUGAAGCUACUGGUGGGAUGAUUACUUCUGAUACUGUUGUGGCCCAAUUUCUGUAUGAGAUUCAAGGUAAUCAUUACCUGAAUAGUGAUGUGACUGCCGUCCUUGAUAAUAUAUCUGUCUCUCAAUUAUCUGAGAACCGUGUCAAAGUUACCGGUGUUACUGGUCUUCCGCCACCUCCAACAACCAAAGCAGCAAUAUUUUAUCAUGCCGGAUAUCAAUGCCAGAUUCUGGUAAACGCAACAGGUUAUGGUACCAAACAGAAAUGGGCUCUAUUUGAAACGCAGAUGAGAAGAAAAUUAAAAAUUGCUGGAAUCGAUAAAUCUUUUGAACUCUUGGAAUUUCAAACCAUCGGUGUAUCCGAAAUGAAUCCUUCGACACAACUCAGCAGCACAACUUAUUGCCGUGUAUUCGCCGAAGCCGUCGAAGCUGCAACUCUUCAAGGCCUAGUCAAAGCCCUCACCGAAAUAUCUCUUCAACACUUCUCAGGUUUCCACGCAUCCCUCGAUAUGCGUACUGCGAUCCCCAAACCCUUCCUGGCAUAUUAUCCAGCGCUUUUCCCUCAAGAUGAACUUGAUGAACAAAUGCAUAUCAUCAAUUCCGACAAUAAAGUACAGACAUUCAAAUGCGGACACCCACCAAAAUAUCAACCAUUCACUUGUCGCGCUACAUACGACACUGUCUCUCCCCAAUCCCUCUCCACAUUUGGACCUACAAAAAGUGUUCAACUAGGCGAUAUAGCACUCGCUCGCUCCGGCGAUAAAGGCGCCAAUCUCAACUGCGGAAUAUUUAUCCCAUCAUCCUCAAACCCUAAAUUAUACAGCUGGCUUCAGAACUAUUUCAGUCGUUCGAAAAUGCAACAAUUAUUGGGCGAAGAAUGGAAAGAAGGAUAUGUAAUUGAAAGAGUUGAGUUUCCAGCAAUAAUGGCGGUACAUUUCGUGAUCUAUGGGUAUCUGGGGAGAGGUGUUAGUAGCAGUAGUCGAUUGGAUUGUCUUGGAAAGGGAUUUGCGGAUUACGUGAGGGAUAAGUGGGUUGAGGUUCCUGCAGAGCUUUUAGGAUAGGUUGGUUCUGCAAGGAGAGCCGACUGUACCUGGAGAUCAUAGCAAUAUGCAUUGAAACAUAUAUAAUAUAUCAAGAACCAGAUUAGGAAUAUCAAUGCUGACUAGUAUUAUAAUGGUUCUGAGAAAACAUAACACCCUGUCUUCUGACCAUGAUUAUU